AUGAUCCAAAAAGGGGUGAUUCCGCCACAAGCCAGCUUCACCGCCAUCAAUUCUGCGAUCGGGGCCACCCCUGCAGAUAACAUCACCAUUCCAACAAGUGUGCGAACAUGGAACGGAGAAUUCCGUGCCGCGUUAAUCAACAACUAUGGUGCAUCUGGAUCCAAUGCCUCAUUGAUCAUCACCCAGCCCCCAGCCGUCAGAUCACCAGUCGCGACCAGAAGACCUCAAGAUCGCGUUGAUCGCGCAUAUCCAUUCCGAUUCUGCGGCCUUGAUGAUGCAAGUCUUCGGCGUUACUCGGUGGCUUUCCGAGGAUUCCUCAACGCCAACAACCCAUCAACUAAGACUUUAUCACUUCCUGAUGUCGCUUUCAACUUAAGCCGACAAAGCAAUUUUUCGUUGGAACGAACGUUAAUAUUCAGUGCUCAUUCAUUGGAAGAAGUGCAGCAAAAGCUCAUUUCAUAUGAAAAUGGAACGCCGGAUUUGGUCUCGAUGGCUUCACCCAAGGCAAAGCCAGUCGUGCUUUGCUUUGGGGGUCAGGUUUCAACCUUCGUUGGAUUGGACCGAACCAUCUAUGAGCGCGUCGCCAUAUUCCGAAAGCAUUUGGAUUGCGUGAAUGCUGUUGCUCGCUCUUUCGGCGCGAGUAGUAUUUUCCCGGGUAUCUUUGACCGGACCCCUAUGGUUGACACCGUGGAGCUGCAGAUUGCUUUGUUUGCUAUGCAAUAUGCCUGCGCACGCAGCUGGAUUGACUCCGGUGUCAAACCCGUCGCAUUGAUCGGACAUAGCUUUGGCGGGCUGACCGCUCUCUGUAUCUCGCAGAUUCUCUCGUUGGAGGAUACGGUCGAGAUGAUCAUUGCGCGGGCAACACUGAUUCGCGAUUCCUGGGGAAGUGACAGGGGCGCGAUGAUGGCCGUGGAAGCUGACUUGGCCGAUGUCGAGAAACUGCUUCGUGAGUCCAAUAUGACCGACGAGAGUGCGAAUUUAGCGAACAUUGCGUGUUUCAAUGGUCCUAGAAGUUUCACUCUGGCAGGUCCCACCGCCGCCAUUGAUGCAGUUGCGCGCCGAAUAGCAACUCCUCCCUUCACACACAUGAAGUCCAAGAGACUCAAUGUGACAAAUGCUUUUCACUCUAUAUUGCUUGAUCCUCUUCUUGGGCCACUUGAGGAGAGUGUCCAGAGUCUGACAUUCAAUGAUCCUGUAAUCCCAUUAGAACGAGCUACUGAGCAUCAGGUUGAAGACAAGAUUGACGCGAAAUACUUCCCAGAGCAUAUCCGAUCACCAGUAUUCUUCAAUCAGGCUCUGCAAAGGUUGGCGAAGAAGUACCCGAGUUGUCUUUAUCUGGAAGCCGGCUCGAAUUCCACAAUCACAAACAUGAUUAGCCGUGCUCUCGGUAACCCCAAGACCUCGGACUUUCAGGCUAUGAAUAUCCAUGGUGAAAAUGCUUGGGAUAACCUGGUAGCUGCUUGUCUGAGCUUGUGGAGUGGUCUUAGUGUCCAUUUCUGGAGCCAUGGAUCUACCCAAACCAAAGAACAUUCAAUACUUCUGCUGCCUCCCUAUCAAUUUGAGGGCGCUCGUCACUGGACAAAUCUGAAAAUGCCGUCAGAAACAGUCCGAUCAACUGCGCUGGAAAAAGCAGAGCUAGACGAAGAGAAGCUUCCUCGCACUCUGCUCUCCUUUAUUGGAUAUCAGAAUGCUGAGAAGCGUCUGGCAAAAUUCCGGAUCAACACCAUGAUUCCAAAGUACGAUGACCUCAUCCAAGGCCAUGUGAUUGCACAAACAGCACCAAUCUGUCCUGCUACCAUUCAAAUUGAGCUUGCGGUCGAGGCUGUUCGAGGUCUCAGGCCUGAUCUGACGUUUGUUGAUAUGCAGCCCCAGAUUCGAGCGGUAGAGAACCUGUCACCUGUCUGUAUCAACCCCAUGCGGGCGUUGUGGAUUGAGACCACUUUAGAUCAGAAUACCAGCAAUCUCUCGUGGGACUUUCAAGUUUUCAGCGAUGAUGUCCUCCGCAGCGGUACCUCGAAAACAGUUCAUACGACCGGUAAAACUGUUCUUCGGUCAUUCGAUGAUUUGACUUCCAGGCUCGAGUUUGCUCGAUUUGAGCGUCAUUUCAGUCACCAGCGUUGCCUUGAUUUGCUGCAGAGCGGUGAUGCUGAUGAAAUUUUCCGGGAUUCAAAUAUCUAUAAGAUGUUCGCCGAGGUCGUUGAUUAUGGUCAAGGUUACCGUGGAGUUCAAAAACUCGUCAGCAAGGGAGAGCUGUCUGCAGGUCAUGUUGUCAAAAAGUUCAACUCUGAAACAUGGCUCGAUGGUUGUCUCGCCGACAGCUUCUGCCAAGUUGGUGGCAUCUAUGUCAACUGCAUGACAGAUCAGUCGCCUGCCGACAUGUUCAUUGCGAAUGGCAUCGAGCAGUGGAUACGGUCGCCGAAGGUUCGACCAGAGGAUGCCAGGCCCGAUGCUUACAAUGUGCUUGCCACGCACCACCACCCCGACAAGCAAUCAUUCUUGACUGAUGUUUUUGUCUUCAACGCCGAAACCAACGCAUUGGUUGAGGUCAUCCUUGGUAUCAGCUAUGUCAGAGUCUCCAAGGUCUCCAUGAGAAAGCUACUCACCCGCCUGACUACGAGGGACUAUGUACCCGCUUCCAUUAAUGCAAAGCUCCCACUAGCACAGCCCACUCUGGAAGUCUCCACAGUCCAACCAACCCAAACCGCGAUGUCUUCACCGAGUAUCACUGUCAAAGUCCCAGGGGCUCUCAGGCUUUCCAGGACAGAGGAUCCCGCGCCAAGUUUGAAUGUAGUUCCAAAGAUCAAGGCAAUUUUAGCCGAUCUGUCUGGGCUUGAGUUGCAUGAAAUCAAAGACAACAGUGAGCUUGCAGAUCUUGGAAUUGAUUCUCUCAUGGGAAUGGAGAUGGCGCAUGAGAUCGAAGCUGCGUUCGAGAUUUCCCUACCCGAAAGUGAACUUUUGAUGGUAACCGACAUGCCAUCCUUGAUCAAAUGUGUGCAGAAUGUGGUUGGUGGUACAGUUCCAUCUCUAGACCAGGUCUCUGAGCAACAGUCGGAUGAAAUACCCGAAGUAUCUUCCAGCAGCACCGACUUGAGCACUCCGAUGGACUCCGUCGACAUGGGUGAAUAUCCGAAGGAGCCCGUCACUCACUUCGGUCUGAGUCUGCCAUUCGAUACAGUGAUUGAAGCAUUCAAUGAAACGAAGACGAUCACAGAUGACAGGAUUGCUGAGUAUGAACAAACAAAUUACGUCGAUGGUGUUCUCCCGGCACAAACAGAGCUGUGUGUAGCACUCACACUUGAAGCAUUUGAACACAUUGGCAUGGAGCUCCGACAUGCCAGACCGGGUGAAAGAUUUGCCCGAAUAGUGCAUCUAAAGGAACACACUCGUCUAGUCAGUUACCUUUAUCAGAUGCUUGAGGAUGCUGCAGGACUCAUCAACGUCGACGGUGAGACCAUCACUCGGACGGCAGUCACCGCCCCAACGGCAUCUAGCGAGGAAAUCCUCGCCAGCUUGCUUACUCGCUUCCCAGACCAAUGCACCGCUGACAGACUCACAUACUACACGGGAUCUCAUCUCGCAGAAGUCCUGCGCGGGGAGACCGACGGUAUCAAAUUGAUUUUCGGCACAGCAGAGGGCCGAGAGCUGGUAUCCGGUCUUUAUGCUGAAUGGCCCAUCAAUCGUCUCCUUUACAGACAGAUGGAAGACUUCCUUGGCCGGUUGGUCUCUAGGCUUGACAUCAAUGACGGUCCAAUCAAGAUACUGGAGAUGGGAGCUGGAACUGGUGGCACCACACGCUGGUUGCUACCGCUGCUUGCCUCACUGGACUUACCAGUCGAAUAUAUAUUCACCGAUCUGGCGCCGUCCUUCGUCGCAGCUGCUCGGAAGAAAUUCUCCAAACAGUAUCCUUUCAUGAAAUUCCGGACCCAUGACAUUGAAAAGCUUCCUGCCGACGAGUUGAUUGGCACGCAGCAUAUUGUCAUCGCUAGCAAUGCGGUUCAUGCCACACAUAGCCUAACCGAAUCUGCCAAGAAUAUUCGCCAAGCACUCCGCCCUGACGGAUUUCUCAUGAUGGUUGAGAUGACCAGUACUCUUUAUUGGGUGGAUAUCAUCUUCGGUCUCUUUGAAGGCUGGUGGAAAUUUGAUGACGGCCGCACACAUGCUGUCACUCACGAAUCGAGAUGGGAGAGAGACCUCCAGGCCGCCGGAUACGGUCAUGUUGACUGGACCGACGGACACAGGCCAGAAAACAAGCUCGAGCGGUUGAUUAUAGCCUUUGCCUCAAGUGACAGGUACGAACGACUCGAAGUUCCCAAACCAAUCAAGGGUCUUUCAGCUGACCUCCUAGCGCGGAAAGCAGUUGUUGAUCGUUAUGUUCGGGAAAUGACAGCCGGUUUUGGAUGUGCUGUUAACGGCUCUACGAUCUUUGAUUACUCGCCCAUCAACCCUGACAGUGACUGUGUCGUGGUGACUGGCGCUACUGGCAGUUUAGGAUGUCAUCUUGUGGCGAAGCUUGCCUUGAUGCCCAAUGUCACCGCGGUGGUUUGUCUCAAUCGACGUAGUCGACAGGAUCCAUACUCGCGCCAGCACGAAUCGCUUCUUGAGAAGGGCAUUGUUCUUCCACCGGAUGCUGCCUGUAAGCUCUGUGUGUUUGAGACAGAUUUGUCGAAACCACAACUGGGGCUUGCAAGCGACCAGUACCAUAACCUAAUCCGGAAGACCACACACAUCAUUCACAAUGCCUGGCUCAUGAACGCUAAGUGGCCAGUCAAGAGCUUUGAGCCCCAGUUGCGGAUCAUGAGAAGCCUUCUUGAUUUCGCGUACCACAUCUCCACGCUUCGCUCACCGGACAUCAAAGUCAACUUUCAAUUCAUCUCCUCCAUCGCAACAGUCGGCCAUUGGCCGCUCUGGGCUGGUAAAUCCAGCGUUCCAGAGGAGCGAAUGACGAUCGCUUCGGUUCUUCCAACUGGUUAUGGCGAUGCGAAGUAUAUAUGCGAGUUGAUGCUCGACAAGACGCUUCACCUCCACCAAGAUCGAUUUCGACCCAUGACUGUGCGUCUAGGUCAAGUCGCGGGUUCCAGCACAAGUGGGUACUGGAAUCCACAGGAGCAUCUCCCGUUUGUAAUCAAAUCCUCCCAAACUCUCAACGCUCUGCCUGGUUUUGAUGGCCUUCUCUCGUGGACUCCUGUGGAUGAGGUCGCUAGUACACUCGUGGACCUGGCAUUUAUACCCAAGGAUGAGACACCAUACCCGAUCUACCACAUUGACAACCCUAUUCGUCAAGCGUGGAAAGAUAUGAUACCUGUGUUGGCUCGAAGCCUGGGUAUUCCUUCCACUGGUGUUAUUCGAUUCGAAGAUUGGGUCCAGCGCGUCAAAGAUCAUCCAUGUCAGCUUGGAGGCGCUGUGGGCGAGAAUCCUGCCACUUCAUUGAUUGACUUCCUCGAUGCCAAUUUUUUGCGCAUGUCCUGUGGUGGGCUCUUGUUGGAAACCAAAAGAGCACGUCGGCAUUCUCGUACACUCUCGGCUGUUGGACCAGUGGGGGAUGAGACCACAAAGAUGUUUGUCGCCUUUUGGAGGGAAGCAGGGUUCCUGGCUUAG